ACAGAGAGGGAGCUCGUGGAGUUAAGACCCUGAGACAGGGGAGAGCUGGUAGGGGAGGAGAGGGGAGAGGACUGGGGCUGGCUGGGUUAGUUCAGCAGGAAGCGGCUGUGUGGAACCAUGCAGAUCCAGUCUUCUGGUCCACAGUCCAAAGCCUCCAGCUUCAUCCUCAGUCAGAGAUGUGUACUGGCCUCCAAAAUGGAAAUCCACCGUGAACAGAGUAUCUGCCAGGCGCGAGCCGCUGUUAUGGUGUAUGACGAUGCCAAUAAGAAGUGGGUCCCAGCUGGUGGUUCCACGGGCUUCAGCAGAGUCCACAUCUAUCACCAUACGGGCAACAACGCCUUCCGCGUAGUGGGACGCAAGAUCCAAGAUCAUCAGGUGGUGAUAAACUGUGCCAUUCCCAAGGGGCUGAAGUACAACCAGGCCACGCAGACCUUCCACCAGUGGCGCGACGCCCGGCAGGUCUAUGGCCUCAACUUCGGCAGCAAGGAGGAUGCCAACGUGUUUGCCAGUGCCAUGAUGCACGCCCUGGAGGUGCUCAACUCCCAGGACACAGGCCCUACAUUGCCCAGACAGGGCCCCCAGGUUCAGAAUGGCCCGACUCCAGAGGAGAUGGACCUGCAGAGAAGGCAGCUUCAGGAGCUGCAGAGGCAGAAGGAGAUGGAACGGGAGCAUCAGGAGCGAGAGCGUCAGGAGCGGGAGCGUCAAGAGAGGGAACGUCAAGACAGGGAGCGUCAAGAGAAGGAGCGUCAGGAGCGGGAGCGCCUGGAGCGAGAGAUGCUGGAGCGCGAGCGGCAGGAGCGCGAACGUCAGGAACGGGAGCGUCAGGAGAGGGAGGCUCAGGCGGAGAGGGAGCGCCAGGAGCAGCAGGAGCGCAGCGAGCGUGAGCUGAUGGAGAGGGAGAAGACAGAGAGGGAGCAGCAGGAGCAGUUGGACAGAGAGCAGCAGGACUGGGAGAGAGGGAGACGCAUCUCCAACGCUGCUUUCGAAAGCACCCUGUACACCCCCACGCCUCAGGAGUACAGCAGGACGUCCUCCACGCCCGUAUCCCCAUCCACGCCCACUUAUCCAGCACCUGGGACGCCGUCGCCCUCCUCCACAACUCCACCAACCCCACCUCUAAGGCAUUCGGCCUCCCGAUUCGCCACCUCGCUCGGUUCUGCCUUCCACCCAGUCCUGCCUCACUACGCCACGGUCCCGAGGCGACAGCAAGCGUUCCCUCAAGCCCCGCCUCCUGCUCCGGCCCCUGCCCCAGCCCCGCCUCCUCCACCAAAGUCUGUCGUUUGGUCAGCUUGCAACUUCACUCCCUUGCCCCCCUCACCCCCUGUCAUGAUAAGCAGCCCCCCAGGGAAGGCUGCAGGUCCACGGCCGCUCAUCCCGAUCGCAGCACCUUCUCCUCUCACCCAGAAGCCCCCCUCACCGGCUCCUAACGGCCCGCCCAUGUUCCCCGCACCUUCUCCUGUGACCAUCCCGCACAGCCACACCCCUAUCGGCAUCGCUUGCCCCACCCCGCCUCCCCCACCCACCCCACCCCCUCUCCCUUCCCCCAUAGCUCCCCUUCCGUCUUCCUCCUUCGUCUCGUCUCCCCCCUCCUCAUCCCAGGCUCCUGGUGUGCCCUCUCCCUCCACAGCACCCCCUGCUGCCGCAGCCGCCGCCACCUCUGCCUCUGCUGAGCACCUCUCCCUCCCCGUGGGCCUGGGCCUGUCGGGGCCGGGGGAGCCGGACACAGCUACAGGCCCAGAGACCCACCUUCCUCAGGGGGGCUUCUCCUGUCAGUCCCAGGACGUGGUGCAGACCCCGGGCUUGACCACCCCCACCCCUCCCCCACCUCCACCCCUGCCACCCGGUUCCACUGUGACCUCUGCGGCUGCCACCCCGGCUGCCACCCCCUCUACCCCAGCCGGCCACCCUCCCCCACCCCCGCCUCCUCCUCUCCCUCCUACGCUGACUCCAGGCGGGACCCCCCCUCCUCCACCAGGUCCGCCCCCUCCUCCCGGAGCCCCCCUCCCUCCCCCGGCGCCUCCCCUUCCCGCCGGACUGUUCUCUCCUGCCGAGGACCGUCCCACCUCAGGCCUGGCCGCUGCCCUCGCCGGAGCCAAGCUGCGCAAAGUGCCAAGGAGUGAUGAUGCAGGGGCAGCUCUGGCAGCAGCCAUGUUGGGGGCUGGAGGGGCCAAAUCUGAAGCCAGGGGCAACGGCCCUCUGCCCGGAGGAGGAGGGCUGAUGGAGGAGAUGAGCGCCCUGUUGGCCAGGAGGAGAAGAAUCGCAGAGAAGGGCUCGUCACCUGAACCUGACCAGAGAUCAGAGGAGGGCGAGAUAAACACAACCCCUAAAGUGUCAGCCUGUAGCACACCAGACAUGCCCAGGAAGCCAUGGGAAAGAACAAACACCAUGAACGGUAGCAAAUCUCCAGUUAUCGGAAGACCUAAAUCCACUCCUACACCUACUGCAUCCUUAAGUGCCAACGGUGUGCCAACAGAAUCUGUUGACUAUGACAGGUUGAAACAGGACAUUCUGGAUGAGAUGAGGAAGGAGCUGUCAAAGCUAAAAGAAGAGCUCAUUGAUGCAAUCAGGGAGGAGCUGGGAAAGUCUAGCACGGCGUAGAGGAUCCUCUUCACAACAUCUAUAUCCACGCAACCCGACAGACAACCACGGUCAAUUUAAAGACACGACAUUACACAACAGCGGAAAAUAAAAUCAACAAAAACUGGGAUGAUGACAAUAAUCAUAUUAAUACUGAGAGAGGACAUUAUUUGGGGCAGCAUCGGACAGAAUAACAAUGGACAGGGUGGUGGUGGGAGGCUUGUAACUCUGAUAGCUGUGACUCAUAGAAUCCAUUCUACGAAGCCUUGUGCGUCCGCUGCCUCCCCGCCCCUCCCCCUCCUCCUGCCGAGGGCAUCCUGGAGGACAGUGCACGGUCUGAAAGAGAAGCAAAUAUCUUUAUGCAAAGAUGAAUUCUCUCUCUUUGUCCUAUAAUAACAAGAAAAAACACAAGAAAACUAUAUUGAACUCUUCAAUGAUACUGUAUUAACCAUUGGCGCAUAAGUGAACAGCAACGUCGAUGCUAAGAAUCUUGUGAUUUACUAUCAAACGGCACGUUUUAUUAAGAGAGUUUGGAGACAGGAAGAAAGUGGGGAUGGAAAAUAAAAACUUUUUUUCCCAUAAUGCCAUAGGGGUAGCGUGCGUGCGUGCGUGCGUGCGUGCGUGCGUGCGUGUGUGUGAGAGAGUGUAUGGGGGACUGACAGUCUCUGGUGAAGUCCACCACUGCAGGACACUGUAAAGCUUGUCUUCCUCAAAUACUAUUUUAACCUGAAUAUGUACAAAAGAGAGAAAAAGUUAUUUAGAAAAAAAAAAGCAUCUAUCAACCAUGUCUGUUUCAGUGUAGAUCUACGGCCAUAUCAAGUAGCUCAAUAAUCCAAUCUUUAAACAGGAUGCUGUCUUGUCUGUCUCUUCGUGUCGUCUCCCUCCUGAAGUGAGCGCUCUGUUGACACUUUUCAUUUCUUUGUUCAUACUGUUGAGCGGCAGGCGGACAAGACACGGAGGAUGGCUGCCUGUCAGACGGCAGCCAUUGUAGCUCUCUACCAAACUUUCUCCGUCAACGAUAAGUGCUGAUUUGCUAAUACCUGUCAUGCUUUUUGACCAUGGCCAGACAUGUAGAUAGAACUGAAUUUCCCUUCCUGUACGUUUUUGAUUUGAAGACUCUCUCUUCCCCCUUUCUUUGUCACGUCUGUCACAUUAAGGUACUCCGUUUGGUGCAUGUAUGGUUGUUUUCUUUAUUAGGUGAGGGUCACAAGUCUGCCACGAAAUUGCAUUACCUGUCGCAAGUUUUAUUACAAGCAAUAAGUGUAGCAUCUAUUUUGAAGCCCACCUGCCCCAGUCCUGACACCAACAAACACUUUUCAAUGUCCGUCUGUCCUUUUUGGCCCUCCUGAGCCCCCAUUAGACAAUGUCACUGUAUGACACACCACGCCACUUCUUGUCAACUCUAUUGCAGAUCUUUUGUUAAACUGAAGGCUGACAUGAAAGAAUAUCAGCACAGCACUGUAAGACAUGAAUUUCAUGGAACAGCACCAUUUCUAAAUCACAAUACCCUCCCUUUUUUAAUUUCUGAUUUCUAUAAAUUCCAAGGAAACUGUGUCUUUAGUCACAUUGGAGCUGAACUGAUUUUUUAUCCUGUAUUAUUAUUUUUAGUUACUUUACUGCAUUUAUAAAGUAAAACUUUUAAAAGGUGCACGGGACAUCCCAAAUGUGUAAGAGAUGGUGUCCAAAAGAGGACCUGAAUGUGCCAUUUACUAUUUCUAGUGCUUACUGAUGACGUGUUUGUUUCAUCUUUUUUUUUCUUUGCCUUCUUCUCCUGCCAAUGUCAAAUCCUUAAAAUGAGAAACUGUAUUUUCCCUGAGAUGUUACACAGAUAACAGGACUGUCACUUUAUUCUAAGAACACUUUUGUUUCAACAUUUUUUUUUUUGUCAGUUUAGUGAUGUUUGUUUAACUUGAAGUACAAUCAGCCUGAGAGGGACAUGUUGGGAGCUGCAAGACUGAUUUCCAAAUACUGUAGCUGUUGCUCCAAGAUCACAUGUCAAAGUAACAGAUACAAACCUGUGUUAUAAUUCUGUACUCUGAAAUCCUGAGGAGGGACAGUUCCACUAAUACAGCGGUCUAACAGCCACCCACAGUGAGGUUUGCGGGACAAGCUUGAAAACAACCUUUUGACUUUCCAAAGGAAUCCAGGGUGAUAGGAUAUCUAAAAACAGUUGUAAAAUGUUGUGUUUUAGCAUCUUUGAAGUGAAUUUUGUGAUAUCUCAGUAGUUACAUACAUCAGAUUGAGAACUCACAAGGCAAUGCAGUGUGCAUACUAUUGCCACAGUUCAUCCUUAAUGUCACAGCUCUAGCUCCUUUGCAACAGUAACAGUAUUUAUAACUUAAAGGGGCACUCCAGUGAUUUAAUUUUGCUGUUCCAUUAAAUCUUGAGCCUUGCAAUAGGCCUUUUUUGGGGAAAAAAAAGAACAGUUAAAAUUUAAUCAGUAACGGGCAGAAAUAUCCUGAUUUUUAGUCUUACAACUCCCAUAAUUCAACCUGAUAGCAUCCUUUCAUUAGACACUCCCUGCCUGAACAAUACAAUCACUAGAUAGAAUUUGGUGUUGUACGUUUCUGCAAACCACGGAUGUGUUAUAUUGAUUUGAUUCAUGUUCAAUUUCUACGUUUCGCAUAUAGCAGUUAUUUUUCAAACUUUCUUUACAUUUUCAAUUUUAUGUCUACACUACACUGUGGUUAACAUGUUAGGUUAAAGCAGAAAAAUCACCUGGUAAGGCCGAGGAAAAGAUCAUGUUUUGGCUCAAAAUACCUGGUUUUGUCACCAUAAAUAUGGCUGGAAAUGUUCCAAUGUGUCAUUGAAAAAUACCCAGUAUUGUCACCACAAAAAUAGCUGAAAAUGUCCCAGCAUAUCGUUAAAAAUACCUGGUUUUGUCGCAACAAAUCACAGCUGGAACUAUGCUGACAUCUAGUUAUAGGAUACCAGGUUUUGCAGCCACAGACACAGCUAGAAAUGUCUGAUCAUUUAGUUAAAAAAUAUUCAGUUUUGUCACCAUAAACACAGCUGGAACUAUCUUGACAUCUAGUUAUAAAAUACCUGGGUUUGUCACACCGGACACAGCUGAAAAUGUCCCAACAUGUCGUUAAAAAUACCUGGUUUUGUUGCGGCAAAUACGGCUGGAACUAUCCUAACAUCUAGUUAUGGGAUACGAGGUUUUGUAGCCACAGUCACAGGUAGAAAUGUCCGAUCAUUUAGUUAAAAAAUAUUCAGUUUUGCCACCACAAAUACAGCUGGAACUAUCUUGACAUCUUGUUAUAAAAUACCAAUUUUUGCCACCGCAUACACAGCUGGAAAUGUCCCGAAGUCUCAUUAAGAUUACCAGGAUUUUUUGCCACAAACGUGGCUGGAAAUAUCCAGAUGUCUUGUUAAAAAUACCUGGCUUUGUUGGUCUUUAACAGUGGUAUGCUGCUUUCUGCUGCUUGGCAAUUGUCUCACCAAGGUGUCUCCCCGAGGUGUCACGCCAUCCACUCUCCCCUCCUCCUCCUGAUGACAAAGUCAGCUCAUAUACAUGUGAUCUGAAGUACAUCAAUUUAGAGAUGUUACUGUGAUACAUGUGAAAUGUACAAUUGUAACAUAUCUGUGGUUUGCAGAAACGUACAAUGCCAACAUUUUAUUCUGACAACUGGGCUGCUGAAACUCCACACUCUCAGUUUGUAACACUAAAUCUUUGUUAAAAUUUUGUUUCCCUGUCGAUAACCCUGGUGGCAUCAUCACCUUUCUAGAAGACACUGUACAACUGUUUGAACUGAUGACUGAACUGAUCCUAAUGUACAACAUUGUGUCCCUUGAAAUUCAGAUCAGGAGAAGCAGCUAAGGAGUUAUGAUGUCUUGCAUGUACCCCAGAAUCCUAGACAAAGGUUGGUUAAUCGUUGGCUGUCUGUGGCUGUUGGAUCUCAUACUACACAACUCUGUGUUCAAGGGCUUGGAUGUUUGAAGAUGAGAAGUCACAGAUUUGAGUAAAAAUGAGUGCUCCCUCCGCUUCUUUCUCAUUUGCUUCAGAUUGGCUCAAAUUUGUUAAAAAUACUGUGACUAGAAAAAUGAAUGGGUUAAUUAGGGUCAGGUCUGUUUCAUGAUCUCUCUGUGGAGUUGUUUCAUCUUCUCAUCCACAUUUUUUUCUAACGGAAACACCCAGCCAGCUCCCUGUACUGAGUGUUUACACAGCAUCAAUUGCACUUUAAGACAAAAACCUGCAGAGCAAUCCAACAUACUCUGACAACAGAGCCUCGGUCACCAACAGUGUGGCUUUCUCACCAAAGGAUUCAACUCGGCAGUCUCUUGCUAAACGUAAUCACUCUCAACAAAGUCGCCUUUCUUAUUUUUGUAUCAUUUUGUGGAGAGAUCUAACAAAAAGAAAGAUGUCUGUCUCUAUGUUCAGUCCUUUGGACAGGAUGGAGGGUGAAAUGUUUGGAUCAAGUAAAAGUUUAUCUCUUUGUGAAGCUAUGUGGUUUGUGCCUUGUUCCGAAGUUGCAUUUAAUAUGUCAAAGAUAUAAAGAUGACUAGUAAUAAUAUCUAGGGACUGUCAUUAUGAUCACAUGCAGUUGUUAUUUAGUUUGGCUUUUUUUCCCCAUCAUGGUCAUGUUGAUUUGAAGGGAGAGUUUUAUGACCUUUUUACUGUUCCCCACCAAGAAAACAUCUUUGCACCAAGAUCUCCUAUGUUUGUUUUUUUACAUACAUGUGUUUAUUUCCACACAGUUGUGAGGUUGCUUUUCUAACAGCUCUGAAGUACAAUCAAGCCUUUGAGACAUGAGGCCUGGAAGAGUUAAAAGAUGAUCUUCGCUCUGAGAUGAUUUUUCUAAACAUAAAUUCCGGAUGAGUCUGACUGCAGUGUUCUGUGAUGCCGUUUAAAUGUCACAGAAACUGCGUGUGUUCAGCAGCUUAGCUUUCUUUACACACUUGGAAAUGUGUUUUGUCCUCUGCAGUAAGGUCUGCUCCACGUUGAUGUCAGAUUGCUGAUGGAAACAUUUCUCUUUGUCCGUAAACCCAGUUUUCUGCCGAGGGAACCGAGAGAAUUGUGAAUUUGCAGGGAUGAAUUUGGCUGAAGCAAGUUUUAAUGGAUGGGUUUCCAGAUUUAUUCUUUUAUCAUCUGCAUUGUACCAUACUGUUCUCAUGUUAAUUAGUCUUUUCUUACAUGCUAACAUAUUGUUUUGUUUGAGCAAAUUAAAUAAAAAUUGCAAUACAAGACUAGAA